GAGAUGUCAAACUAUGUCCUCAAGUUGCCACCACAACUUGAACAACAUGGAGUCCACCCAAGAUUCCAUGUAUCUCAGCUCACACCUCAUGAGCUGAACAACCAAGAAAUCUUCCCAAAUAGGGAAGUAAACAUAUUUUACGAUUUUGGGGAAGACCCCAAUCACAAAGCAGUAGUUCGCAAAAUCUUAAACCACACAUGGGUUCAUAAUGAACUCUGGUUUAAGGUCAAAUGGGAGCUAGGGGACACCACAUGGGAAUGUCAGAGAAAUUGCAAUGACCUCAUCCACCUGGACGAGUACCUCACAUUACAAAAUGUGAGGGAACCAGAAAGUCUCCCU